AUGUACGCAGCAUCCCUGGCGGAGCUGCAGCAGCAGCAUCGAGCAGCAGCAGCAGCAGCAGGAGCAGCUGCCGCGCCACUCAGGGACCUUCCCUCGGCUUGUACAGCAGCAGCUGCAGCAGCAGCAGCUGCAGCAGCAGCAGCUGCAGCAGCAGCAGCAGCGCUGCAGAUGCAAAUGAGGCGCCGCUGCUUGCGGGAUGACCGCAGCUGGAUGCAGCAUCGAGAGAGCGUUUCUGUGUCUCCUUUUGCUGCUGAAGAUGCGCCUGCAGCAGCAGCAGCAGCAGCAACAGCAGCAACAGCAACAGCAGCAGCAGCGAAAGAAACGCUACAGGUACAAACAGCAGCAGCAGGGCCCGAGGCAGCAGCUGAUAGCCACAGCGCUGCUGCAGGAAACGGCAGCACUUCUGCUGCCGAUUUGCAGCCAAAGGCAUCAGUUGCUGCAGCGCCUGCAGCAGCAGCUGCAGCCGCUGCUGCUGCUGCUGCUGCUGCUGCAGCGGCUGCAGCAGCUGCUGCGAAGCAGGCAGCUGCAAACUCACAGGUCGCUGCAACGCGCCUGCCCCGCCGAGCAGCAGCAGGGCUAGCUGCAGCCCCCCAGACUACAGCAGCAGCAACUGCAGCAGCAAAAGCAGCAGCAACAGCAGCAGCGAGUGCAGCGAACGCAGCAGAUUCUAAAGGUAGCAGCAGCAGCAGCAGCAGCAGCAGCAACUCAGGAGCCAAAGCUUCAGCUAUACCUAAGCCGCCGUCGCUGAAGAGCAGAGCAGCAGCAGCAGCUGCUGCUGCUGCUUCUCGGGAGCCUGUCGUUUUGCCUAGGCUUUCUCUGACCAUACCUUCAUUAGCAGCAGCAGCAGCAGCAGCAGCAACAGAGGCUGCGCAGCCUGGCGCGGACAGGUUGGGUAGCCGAAGCAGCAGCAGCAGCAGCAGCAGCAGCAGCAAAGCUGGCAGCAGCACUGACAGGAACAGCAGCAGGACUCUGGCGGCGGACGAGCCGCUUAGGUAUCCGCUGCAGCCGCUGCAGCAGCAGCAGCAGCAGCAGCAGCAGCAGCAGCGCGGGCUUAACCGCUGCAUCUUCUUGCGAACCCCCGAGUCCCGGCUAAUGCGAGCAGGCCUUGCUGCUUUGCUGCCGCUGCUGGCGCCAGAUUUGCUGCGAGCUGGAGCCACAAAGGAAGGUUUUGCUGCUGCUGCUGCUGCUGCUGCUGCUGCGGAGCAAGGGAGAGACCAGCUGCAGCAGCAAAUGCAGCAGCAGCUGCUGGACCUUCACCCGGCCAUUCGCAACAGGCAGCUCAUCAGGGCCAUCCUAGACGGUCGCGUGUCAGUGCUGUCUUUGGUGCCGGUGGACGCCUCGCACCUGGAGCGGGACCUGCCGCUGCUGCUGCCGCUGCAGCAGCUGCAGCUGCGGCUGCUGAAUGGCUUUGUCUUUGAAGGCUGCAGCGAAUGCCACACAGCGCAUGCAGCAUGUCUUCGAUCUUUGGACCGCAGCCUCGCCCGCAUGCUGGGCGAGUGGCUGCUGCGCCGCGCCGCGCAGCAGCAGCAGCAGCAGCAGCAGCAGCAGCAGCAGCAGCAGGUGCUGGGGCAGCAGCAGCAGCCGCAGCCGCAGGCUGCUGCAGCAGCAGCAGCAGCUGCUGCUGCUGCUGCGAAGCCGGGCAUGCGCCUGCUCCAGGCACCCGCGGACGCUCCUUGCGGGGAAAUUUUGCUUCCGCCCGACACUCCUGCUGCUGCUGCUGCUGCGGCGGCAGCAGCAGCGGCGGCGGCUGCGCAUUCGGAAGAAGAAGCUGCUGCUGCUGCUGCUGCUGCUGCAACAGCUGCUGCGCAGCUGGACACAACUGCACACCGUGGCUUCCUUGACAGCCUGCACCUUGACUGCAGCAACAACGGCGCAGCUCAAGACAGCAGCACCAGCUUCAUCCUGGUCAACAGCAGCAGCAGCAGCAGCAGCAGCAGCAGCAGCAGCAGCAAGAGCCGAUGGAAGCCGCAGCUGCAGCAGGCGAGGCUGGGCCCCGUGGGCUCCUCAAUUGUUUCUCCCGCUGCAGGAGACACAUCUCCUGCGGAUGGUCAAGUUUUAGCGGAGCCUCUCGAGGCAGCAGCAGCAGCAGCAGCAGCAGAGCCAGAAGCAGCAGCAACAGCAGCAGCAGCAAGGGUGGCAGCACCUGUUGCAGUACCAACUGCAGCAGACGCUGCAGCAGCAGCAGAAGAAUGCGAUGAAGCAGAAGUGGGAGAAGAAACAAGAGUGACAGUUCCUGCGCUGGUGCGGCAGUUCGAGUGUUUGAAGUCCCCCUUCCGCUGCAACUCUGCUGCUGCUGCUGCUGCUGCUGCUGCUGCUGCUCCAGGAACAGCCCACAGCCCGGUCUCUCCCUGCAGCAAACGAGCCAAGUGCAAACCGCAGCUGCUGAGCAGCGAAGCAGCAGAUAAGGAUUCUUUUAGUGCCAGAGCAGAAGCAGCCACGGCGGCGGCAGCAGCAACAGCAGCAACAGCAGCAGCAGCAGCAACAGCUGCAGCAGCAACGGCGCCAGAAGCUGCAGCAGCAGCACCAGCAGCAACAGCAUUAGCGGCGACCGCGUCAUCAGAGAGCAGCACGGAAGGAAGUUCAUGGCUGAGACGCUCGCAGCGUUUGCUGAACGCCCAGCAACAACAGAAACAGCAGCAGCAGCAGCAGCAACAGCAGCAGCAGCAGCAGCAGCAGCCGCAACAGCUGCAGCAGCAGGGGGAGCAAAAACAGGAGAGGGCGGCUCGAGAACUCCGUCACAGGCGCCACAGCAGCGACACAAACAACAGCGGCAUCAGCAGCAGCAGCAGUAGCAGCAGCAAUAGCAGCAGCAGCAGCAGCAGCACAGCGGAAAGUAGCGGCGGCAGCAGAAGCAUUUGCAUCACCGGCAGCAACACCAGCUGUGCUGGCAACUGCAGCAACGAGGGCAGCAACGGCGGCAGCAACAGCAGCAGUGCCGGCAGCAGCAGCAACGAAGGCAGCAACGGCGACAGCAGCAGCAGCAGCAGCAGCAGCAGCAGCAGCAGCUCCUGUUUUCCCAGUGUUUACAAUUUGCCUACGUCAGCAGACAGCGCCACAGCAGUGCAGCAGCGGGAGCUAGGUCGGCAGUUUGUGCUGCAGUUGGGGGCCUUAAUAAUGGCAGGUAGCAGCAGCAGCAGCAGCAACAGCAGCAGGAAGCUGCUGCUGCCGCAGUUAGAGCCUCUCAGAAUAGCAGCAUCGAAGCUAAGCCUGUACGACUUCUCAAGCUCUGCUGCUGCGGCGCAGCAGCAGGCCUUUGCAGACGAAGCAGAUAAUACCCCGGCGAGCAGCAGCAGCAGCAGCAGCAACCGCAGCAGCAACAACGCCAGGGAGCAGCAGCAGGUCGGCCGGCGCUGCUGCACGUCAGACGCAUGCAGCAGCAGCAGCGACAGAAGCUGCAGCAGCAGCAGUGCCCGCUUGGAUGGCAGCCUGCAGGGGGCUUUUGCUGCGCAGCAGCAGCAGCAGCAGCAGCAGCAUGGGGAACUUCUGAAGCAUUGUGCUGCAGCGCUGAGCGAGCCAGGCGCCUCAUCUGCAGCAGCAGCAACUGCAGCAGCAGCAGCAGCAGCAGCAGCCGCAGCAGCAGCAAACCAGGAGAUUUGGAUUCGCCUGCUCUGCCGCUGCCCUGUCUCUCCAGUGCAGAUUUCCUUCAGUCGUUCUUCUCGAAGAGCUGCUGCAGCCCCGCUGCAGCAGCAGCAGCAGCAAGAGCAGCAGCAGCAGCAGGAGCUUUUGAGUUCCUUGCAGCAGACUUCCAUGGGUGAUUCAGCAGCAGCAGCAGCACUGGCAGCUGCUGCUGAUGCUGCUGCUCUUGGGGCCGCUCUGGAAAUGGCGGGCAAGCGGCUGAGAGUCCCCGCUGCCAGCAACAGGUGCAGCAGCAGCAGCAGCAACCGCAGCAGCAGCAGCAGCAGCAGCAGCAGUUUGGGGGCAAGCUCUUCAGCAACUCGGCGACGGUCUUUCGGAGACCGGAGUGUUGCUGCUGUCGCUGUUCAGAAUGCUUCUGCUGCAGCAGCAGCAGCAGGUGCAAACGAAAGGGGCAGCAGAGCCCACUGGUGUGAAUGCUUUGUGAGCAUAUCCUGCAGAGCAGCAGCAGCAGCAGCUGCUGCUGAUGACGCUGCUGCUGAUCCUGCUGCAGUGGACAGCAAGGAGCCGCUGCAGCAAGAGCGAGACGCAGCAGCAACAGCAGCAGCCGCAGCAGCAGAAACGAAGGCGGCUGCAGCUGCAGCAGCGGGGAAAAGCGCCACUGCUGCAGUGGCAGCAGCAGCAGCAGCAGCAGCUUACAGCAGCAGCAGCAGCAAAUGCACUUACUUAGUGAAGGUGUCGAAUGAGCGGCCGUCGAGCGACCGCCUCUUCUGGGCCAUGCCUGCUUCGGACAUGCGGCAGAGCAGCAGCAGCAGCAGCAGCAGCAGCAGCAGCAGCAGCUGGAAGCUGCUGCAGAUCCCCCAGGGAGUUUCUUUAGAAGACUCUGUAGAGGAAUUAAUGUCCAAACAAAACUUCUUGUUGGAGCUCAAAAACAGAGUCCACAAAGGAGGCCGCAUGCGCGAAACUCUCUGA